GUAUUUAUAUAUUUUUAAAAACCAAUAAAUGCUAUUCUAUAUUUUAUUAAAUUUAAAGUCGAUAAUUUUACUAUGCGAUUUGUGAUUUACCUACUUUCGGGCUUUUAUGGAAUAUUCUGUAUGUGGUGUAACUUUGCCACAGUUGAAGCCUUAAUCGGAGAAAAUGUAAGAUCAGCAGGAGAGUCCGAGUUUCCAUUUAUCGUAGCCAUUAUAAAAACUAUUUAUGAAAAUAAUAUGCAAAGAAAUUAUAAAUGCGCCGGUACACUCAUCUCUAGAAAAGAUGUUUUAACUUCAGAACACUGUUUGACAUCUGAAUACCUUGCCAGGAUUCAUGUACUUGUCGGAUCGUCCUAUUUAAAUCGCACUGUUAGGCAUUAUCCUUUAUGGUGGACAACAUAUGAUCAGUGGGCCGUUUACAGUUUCCGUGAUUUAGAAUUUCCUACUAAUGACAUCGGCAUUUUAAAUUUGCUUGAACACGUUCCAGAUUCACUUCAACCAGCACAUAUUGCAAUCUGUACGAUAACCUCUUUAUAUGGAGCAGAAGUUCAAGUAUCAGGAUGGGGUUAUAUACGGAACCGCGAGAGUCCAAACAUUCUUCAAACGGCUACCGUGACUGCUACAAAAAAAGAAAUUUGUGAACUUAGAGCUUCGAGGAUUGCUGGACAAAAUCUUGUUAUGGACGAAAGGACUAUUUGUAGUAUCUCAAAUCCAUAUGUUUUACUGACUAAUGGAGACAGUGGUGGUCCACUUUUACAUAUGAAUUUAAUUGUCGGAGUUAAUCAUGGAGUAUCUCCAUUACUCAGUAAUGACUUUAAUUCAGAAGAAAUUCUGUGGCACUAA